AUGGAAUUGGAGCAACCCAUUUUGGAUUUCGAGCAACUCGUGUUGAGAGAGGCUGUUUCUGUUUCUGCUAAAAAAGUUAACCAAAACCACAGCAAAGCAAGUGCUAAGACCACCAAUGCAUAUAGACCAAACACUUCUCAACCUUCCGACCACCGUUGCCGUCGCUCCGAAUCCUCCAGGGCACUGGAAAUGGGUGUGCCAUGGAACUACUCCCCGGAGGAAAAACUAUCUUGGGUACGUUCUCAAAUCAUUGGUGGCGAAGCAGAAAUCGAUUCUCCUUCCGGGAAAAGAAGACUCACCUAUGCUGAUCACACCGCCACCGGCCGGUCUCUUCUGUAUAUUGAAAAUUUCAUCACCCACAACGUUCUUCCCUUUUAUGGGAAUACUCACACGUGUGACAGCUACGUGGGGGACCGGACAACAAAGUUGGUGCGUGAAGCAUCCAACUACAUCAAGAAAUGCUUGGGUGGUGGAAAUGAUGAUUCCCUCUUGUUCUGCGGCUCCGGCUCCACCGGAGCCAUUAAAAAGCUUCAAGAAAUAAUCGGCGUUGCCGUGACACCAAUCUUGAGGGAGAGGGUACUCAAAUGCCUCACUAAGGAGGAAAGGUGGGUGGUUUUUGUUGGGCCUUACGAGCACCACUCGAACCUUCUUUCAUGGCGGAAUAGCUUGGCUCAAGUGGUAGAGAUUGGUUUGGAUGAUGAUGGUUUGAUUGACAUGGAGGCUCUACGGCUACAACUUGAAUCGUAUAAACAUGCCAACAGGCCUAUUUUGGGUUCUUUUUCGGCUUGUAGCAAUGUGACUGGAAUUUAUUCGGAUACACGAGCAAUUGCUAGACUUCUUCACCAAUAUGGAGGCGUUGCAUGCUUUGAUUUUGCAGCAAGCGGUCCAUACGUGGAGAUUGACAUGAGGUCCGGGGAGAUGGACGGCUACGAUGCCAUUUUCCUUAGCCCACAUAAGUUUCUUGGUGGCCCCGGAUCGCCGGGCAUUCUUCUGAUGAGCAAUGCCCUUUAUCUCCUAAAAUCUUCUCCACCAUCGACUUGUGGAGGUGGAACUGUUAAUUAUGUCAACGGCUUUAGUGAAAAGCACACGGUAUAUAAAGAGGAAAUUGAAGAAAGGGAAAAUGCUGGGACUCCUCAAAUAAUCCAGACAAUUAGAGCAUCAUUGGCCUUCAGGGUAAAGGAAUAUAUUGGCUACCAAGUGAUUGAAAAUAAGGAGCAAGCCUACAUACACAGAGCACUUCAGAGGCUUCUCCCAAACAAGAACAUUUGGAUUUUAGGAAAUACAACCACCAAACGACAAGCCAUAUUGUCUUUCCUCAUUUAUAGUACAACCAAUUCCACCUUGGGUGGCCUCAAAAACAAUAGCAGAGAGAUAAGGGAUGUGCUUAACAUGUGGGGAGAGAGUGGGAACAAGAGAGAUAAGCCUCUUCAUGGACCAUUGGUUGCAUCACUCUUGAACGACUUGUUUGGCAUCCAGGCUCGAGGUGGGUGCGCUUGUGCUGGACCCUAUGGCCACGUCUUGCUUGGUGUCGAUGACACCUAUUUACUUGCCUUCAGCGAUGCUGUUGCAAAGGGGUAUGUUGGAACAAAACCAGGAUGGGCUAGAAUCAGCUUUCCCUACUACAUGUCUGAGGAGGAGUUUGAGUUUAUUUUAGAUGCAUUGGAGUUUUUAGCUAUUUAUGGGCAACGGUUCAUUCCUUUGUACCACUACAAUUUUGAAACAGGCGCCUGGACUUUUAAGAAGAAGGCACUUCAGGAGCUUCUCAACAAGGAAAACAUCUUGGAAGAUUACAAUUCUAAGGCGUGUGGCGACGAAAAGAGAAAGAUGAGUAAAUAUAGAGGUUAUUUAGAAGCUGCAAAGUACAUUGCCAGUCUGCUUCCCAAGUUCCCUUCUCAGCGUAGACUUCCGGAGCAGAUUGAUCCCAACCUUUUCCAUUUCAGAAUCUAA